AUCUGGUGGAUGAAGACUCGGAUGGUGCCAUCUACGUGGAUGAGUUCCUUGACAAAGCUGGUUUCUUGCGCGGGCCAGCAAGCGCGAUCGAGCUCCUGGCGGUGCAGGCGGAGUGUCAUCAUAUCCGGAAACAGCUGCGUGAGAACCUCAAGCUGUUGCAAGCGCUCAGCGACAAGCCUGCAGAGGGCGCAAAGGAGCUGGUGCCUGGAUUUGGAAAAGCGCGUAUGUCUUCGGCUGAAUCUCUUGAGCUACCAGAUCUCAACUUUCGGUAG